AUGAACGUUCGGUUUGCGCUCGUGCACCAAGCGAUGACAUCAAAGAAGAUGAAGGACGGGAAGAGGACGCCGGUCUCGCACAAGGUGAUCGAGAAGCGGAGGAGAGACCGCAUCAACCGCUGCCUGCACGAGCUCGGCAAGACCGUGCCCAUGGCGCUCGCCAAACAGAACUGCGGGAAGCUGGAGAAGGCGGAGAUCUUGGAGAUGACCGUGCAGUAUCUGCGCGCGCUCCACGCUGCGGACUUUCCUCGCGGAGGCAGAGAGAAAGGUGAGCUGCUCGCGGAGUUCGCCAGCUACUUCCACUACGGCUACCGCGAGUGCAUGAAGAACUUGGUGCACUACCUCACCACGGUGGAGCGCGCGGAGACCAAAGACGCCAAGUACGCGCGCGUGCUCGCCUUCCUGCAGUCGCGCGUUCUCUCUGAGCCCGUCUUCGGCGCGCUCGCGAGCGUCUCCUCGCCGGAGCGCGCGGACCACCACCACCACCACCACCACCUCCACCACCCGUGCCAGGAGUACCAAAGCGGCGCGAGCCCCGCCGAAUACCCGAGCUCACCGGGACACUUCGCGUGGCACGGACACGCGCACGCGCUCGCCUACGCGUCGGUGCCUCUGUCAGCGAGCGCGCAGCACGAGCAGCCGCACCAGCAGCAACACCAGCAUCACCAACAGCAGCAGCAGCAGCAACAGCAGCACGCGGGCUACUUCGCGCCCGCGCAGGGACUCGAGCAUCACUACCUCAGCCUAAUAGGGCACGCGCACGCGAGCGCGCUCGGCCUGCACGCGCCAGCGCACGCCGCUCUGUAA